GUAACAAUGAAUUUUAAAAGCCAAUAUUUAAAUACCUUGAUUGUCAAUUGAAUAAACUCUGCUUUUUGUACUUGAUUCCCUUUCAAACUUGCUCUGUCGCUUACUCCACCAACUUUUUUCUUAUACCAACCUAAGCGCGGCUAAAAAAAUCCGUAAACAGCGUCAUAAUUACAUUCACACAUAUAGCUUGUCAAACACACUGCAAAACGGAUACAUACACGAAUGGUAAAGGGCAGUAAACCACCAAGAGGCGGCACCGGCACCCUGCCAAACCGCGAGCUAUUUGAGCGAAUGAAUUUUCUAUACCAGUCAUCACAAUUCUUUGCUUCAUUGUCGGGCAAUGUCUGUACCAGCAGUAGCCAAAGAAGCAGGGCCUCGGACAAAGCCUCUGAAAACGAGCCAACCAACAAUAACACGGACGAAACCCUCAACACGCAGAAAUCUCAGACGGUUGGAUUAGAGAAGCCCAUAUGUACAAUUGCGAUGGCCAAUUCGCAAGAGUGCAAAAAUAGUAGUAAAACAGAUAUUCUGAUGCAACAGCCCUUGCUGCCGCUCGCGCGCUUUUACUCAAAGGAAAUGAAAAUGGUCGCACGCAAGAGCGUCCUGCGAAUGAGUCCCCAUUUGCGACGUGAUAUGUGCAAGGUGUGCUCGACGCCGCUGCUCCCAGGCGUAUCGUGCAAGAAGCGUGUCAAGGGCAAGGGCAACGGGAGGCGACUCAUUACAACGUGCAACUACUGCGGCACGCAGACGCGAAUAAUGACCAACAGUGGACCUGAUAGCCAGCACGUACUGUUUGUUGACCGGCCUGAACACACGACCAUUCAUUGAAAUGUACGAGACCAGUGUGGUGCUUAGGGUCAGACAUUCAAUUUUUGAUAAAUAAAAAGAAAAAGGAUAAAUGGUAAACAGACGCAUCCCUAAUCUCCACCUUGUUCCUGUUUAAUGUCGGUAAAGUACACACUGUUUUUUCUUUCUGAUUUUCCAGCCAUAUGCAAAGCAAAUCUAUCCAAAUCUUCAAUGUUUUGGAGGUAUGCAUGCACAUGUCAACAAAGGUUUAUCUAAAAGUUUGAGCUCCAUAUGUAAUGG